AUGACAUGUUUUUGUUUUUGUUUGUUUUUUUUGCUCGAAGCUCAGUGCAUUAUCGUUUUGCCCUUUACAGGAGAGCCGAUUUUCAAGUUCAAGACGUCCGAGCGGAAAUGGCCAAUUGAAGCCGGUACUUGGAAUCAUCGCUUGGCUGCAUGCUAUCGCGCUUUCCAAGAACAACCUAGCAACCCCAACGUGUCCAUUGUGCUAGAACGAGGGCUGACUUCUGUCAAGUGCAUCCAUCCAGACAUCCCCUGGCGUGUGUGGGAACGUUUUAUCAAUGUGCACAACACCUUUCACAAGGGCUCAGCCGCCAACUUCUUGGAAUAUAUGCAGGAGGCGGUGCAGCUUGAGGGAUUGUGGGAGCAGGAGUGUAGUCGCACUGGACUCCACAGCCACAACCCACGAUACAAAGCAUUCUACAAGGACUUCGUCUUGAAACGAAGUAUGUUCUUCACCGAUUGGGAUAACUAUCGGAAAGCAUUGAGCUUGACACACAACUUGCAGCAGAAGUACGGGAUCUUCGAUGAUUUGAAGAAGUACUUCAACUCGACGGUGGACUUCUUGAACAGAUCUACUCGUUCAACAACAGCUGAUCGAGAGCAGAAGAUCAAGAAGGCCGACAAACGACCAGCUUUCGUACCUUGGACGGAUGACGAGAAGAGGAAGUUCAUGAAAGUUGUUCCACCUUUGGUAUGUGCUGGAGAUCCUCAAGAUGAUCCUGGCACUCGGGCUAUCACUGCUAUCGAUGACUUUCUGCAAGCGAUGGUAUAUGCAGAGCAAGUUGUGAAGGCUGGAGUCUUUAUGCAGUUCCUAUUCGAAGCCCGAGUGUGCCUAAACGGAAAAGAUCUUCGAGUUUGGUCUUCUGUCAGGCCUGAGUUGCAGUCCAUCUUUCUUUCGGCCUUUGAUGCUGCAUAUGACUUUGUGAGCACGGCUACCACCUCCCGUGAUGAUGGCAAGAAAGUCAAUGCAUUUGAGCUUGCAAAGGCACUUUGUGAAACGUUUGUGAACAAGCCCAUUGUCAUGACCGUCAUGGCUGAUGAUGAGGAACUUGUCGUGAAGAGAAUUGCCAUAGUCAUGAACUCCAAGUAUGUCAUGGUGGCACAACCCUUGAAGAACUUCCUGAAGAUCAACGCUAAGCUUCCUGCAAUGAUGCAUGACAUUGUCCGAAACACCGCUGCAGUCUUUGGAUCAACCGAGCAGAUGGAAAAGUUCAUUGGUUUGAGAUUCCGCUAUUUGCUUCACUUGCUGAACGUGGCAUGCCAGUGCACAACAGAUCUUAAAGUCACCGAUGUUGAUACUCCAACGUUGUUCUUUUAUGGUCGGUUGGCACAACAUGUGGAGUCAAUGGACAGCGCACAGCUUGAUCAGCUCAUUUCUUUUGAUGUUGUGCUUUCCUCCCAUGAGUGGGGAAAGCAGUGGACACAUCAUUUGCAGAAAGCUACUUCCGUCGAGUGUGUUGUCAAGUCCAUCAAGACAUAUUUGAAGAGGAAUGAUGACGAGAAGAAGAACCAGACAGCAGCGGCAACGACCAGUGAGACCACAAAGCAAAAGAAUCUCAAGCCCGAUCAGCCAGACGUGACACAACUGACACAACAGCCAGCUGUUUCAUCUUUGCUCAUGAUGGCAAACCUCCGAUCAAGUUUGAAGCACGAUGGUACACCUGAUGACAAGAAGAUCAAUGAGUCGGAUGCAACCGCUGAUGGCACCGCAAAUCCUGGUGAUGGUGACGAUGGCAAUGGCAACGGCAAGACAUCAAGCAAACAAACUGCUCAGCUACCCAUCAACGAGUUCAACAGCUACAUUGUUGACAGCUUCAAGACAACAAUUGUGAAGUCACAAGCUUGGGAAGCCCUUCAGUUGCCAGAGAACAAAAUUGACGGCUGCUUCUUCAAGAUCUUCGAGCUCAAGUUGAAUGCCGCUAUGUGGUCAGCCUAUGAACACAUUGCGCCAAAAGACCUUGACCAAGUACAGAUUGAUUUGGGAACAGCCAACAAGUCUGGUGCUGUUUACUUCAAAUUACCGGCGCCGGAGGUGAAGAAGGUUCGAUUGCCAUUGGUACAUCGUCUCGCGCAGGGUAAGCCAAAGGGGUCCUACUUGUGCUGCAACGUUUUCGGUGUUGAUUGGUGGAUGGAGCCUUGCAAAGACCCAGCUUCAUCUGAUUACUGCGUGCCAGGAUGGGCAGCAAAGACAGUCACCAGAGCCGACCAAGCAUUCUUCCACCAAGAGGAGUUGAAGGUUGAUGUAUUGGUGCGCAAGAUUGGUUCUUCCUACACCGACAUCGAUGUGAUCUACUUGCCGUCAGCAAAACAUCUACAUGAUGAAUUGGUGAAGAAGUAUGAGAACCUACCACACUGGGUAUUCUCUUUGACCUUCCAGUGCUUGACACCGAAUGAGCACAUUGCAGACAGAUUGCUUGACGAAGUAAAUGACGCCCGAAACAACAUGGAGAAGCAAGUUCGCUCAAUGAUCACCACUGCUUCUAAAGCUGCUUCCAAGGCCGUGCUGGCCGCAGAGAAAGCAAAAUCAAAGGGCCCAAAGGGCUCUGGUAGAGGGCAGGGUGGCAAGGGCGGUAGGAAACUAGUGGACCCUAUGGUUGAGAUGUUCACAUCAGUUGGCAUGGUGAUGCCAGAAGAUCCUGAGAAACGUCACGAAGCCUUGCAAGAGAUCAUUGACCGGGAGGAGAAGUUGGAGGAGAUGGUUGAAAAGGCCAAGUCGUCAGUCCAGCUUCCGGACAAGAUACCACUCACCCGAUUGCUUGGAUCAGAUGAGAAACAAUCCCGAAGCGCACGUGCCAAGGUGAUGCAAGAGGCUUUGCUUGCGGCGAAAGCGACUACGGACACAGCUGCUGACCAGGGAGAUGAUGGUGCUAACCAGACGGUUUACCACAUUGGUCCCCAAGCGGCUGCCAAGAACAUGAAGGACAAAGGCAUCAUCACUGUCGUGAACCAGCGAUCAAAGAAGGGAGAUCAGUCAGCAUUGGCUAAGGAUGUUGUCAGCCGUGGCAAGCAUUUGUUGAAAUGA